GUGACAUUUUUCAGUAUGGAUGAUAACAUUUCGGCAUUAAAUGAGAAAUAUUCCUCCAUUGUGCUCCCAAAUACUAUUCUGAUGUCCUGUGGAAUCGUGGCUGGUGUUUUUGGGAACGCAACCAUCAUCAUCAUUUACAUCGCCCAUAUUGACGACAAAAAAGGCGACCGGUACUUCAUUCCGAUCCUCGCUUUUAUAGAUUGUCUGGGAAGCAUCUCUAACGGUUUAUUCUACGUCAUCGACAAUUUCUAUAUAUUUAGCUUCCCCAGUGAAAUUCUGUGUCGUGUGUUAUUGUUCGUUUUGACCUUUGCCUCUGGUUUCUCUGGUCAUGUUCUUGGUGCAAUAGCUCUUCAAAGAUACCUUCUGAUAUGUCAUCCAUAUGGAAAACAACUGACUUUAUUCCGGAGACGCCUAGCGGUUAUUGUGAUAACAUUUGCUUGUAUCAUAUACGGGACCCCUUUGUUGAUUAUCAGUGGGGUUGAAACGUCACAAAAGACAUUUCAGAACAGGACAUUCUCGACCAAUAUUUGUGUAUUUGAUGUGAACCCCAGUACACUUACCAUUGUAUAUUUCGGAUCCUUCCUUUUACUGACGACUGCCAAUAUUACUGUAACAUCUGUUCUGUAUAUUCUCAUCAUGAAAACGAUUUACAAAACUCUGUACGAGGAUAAAAAACUAAGAAAAAAUUUGAUGAAAAACCUGCAACAUGAAAAAGUAAGCAUCAGUGGGAAGGACGACAUUUUUAAUAUCUGCAUUGACCAUAUUGAUGCUGACGAAAAAACUAGGAAAAUUAGUGUAGGAAGCAAUUACAGUCAGACUAAGCGAUCCGAACAUCGGUUAAAUAUCCGAACCAAGAUCAAUGUGAUGUUCAUGACUAUCGUCGCAUUCUAUGUCCUCUCAUACAUACCGUCCAUUGUAAUAUUAAUUCUGACUUACACCUUAAAGGACUUUUACUACCUCCAAUUACCAGAGAGCUUGUUGAACGUUUGGAUAUUUUUCGCUCGCUUCUUGUUGUUGAACCACGUUGUGAAUCCUUUAAUUUAUGGCUAUUUUGACGUCAAACUACGAUCAAACGUAAAGCGCAUGUGCUGUUUUUGCACGUCAAACAAUAGACAGCAGUCGUCUGUCGUGAACUAGGACUGGUUUGUUUUUGUAUACCUGUCAGAUAACUCUAAGGGCUAUUUCAAAUAGGUAACACCGUUGUUAUAAUGUUAAAACAUAUGAUUCGUCACAA